AUGGCCAGCACUAUCAUAGACGUCCGCAAUGGGACGAUCAGUUUGGACUUCAAAGGAGAGCAGUAUACGUUCAAUAUCAAUGAGGCCAUGAAGAGGCCAGUCGACGGAGAAAACGUGUAUUCUGUGGAUGUAACUGAGCCCUUGGUGCAAGAAUUUUUGGAAGAAGAAUUUUUAAAAAGGCAGUUCACGGACUCAGCUGUAGAUGAAGAGGUCGAAAAGGAAGUAGAAGAGUGGUUUGACACAAAUAAGGUCGGAGAAAUGAACGACCAAGCCGUCGCAGAAGCAAUAACAGAAUUUUGUGAACGUCCAAAGCCAACUGGGUCGAGUAAGACAACUCAAGUAUCUAGCAUUGCAAAGCAGCUGGAUCAAGAUAAGCCACUGAGUGAUGAAGCUGCAGAGAACCCUCUGCCCACCGAGGAGCCAAAGCCCGCAAAAGAGUUGAAACCUCUUCCAGCACAUUUAAAGUACGCCUUCCUGGGAGAAGGCGAAACUAUGCCCGUCAUUAUAAACAAUCAAUUGACCCAAUGGCAGAAAGACAAGUUACUAGAAGUAUUACGAAGGAAUCAGAGGGCUAUCGGCUGGAAGCUGACAGACUUGGUGGGCAUUAGCCCGGAUUUGUGUAUGCAUCACAUCCGGUUGGAGAAAGGAGCCAAGCCACACCGCGAUCAACAACAGAAACUCAACCCCAACAUGAGGGAAGAAGUGCUGAAAGAAAUUGUCAAGAAGCUGAACCAAGCCACAAAGAAAGAUCACUUUCCUUUGCCGUUCACUGAUCAAAUGCUGGAGAAGUUGGCAGGGAAACAGUACUUCAGUUUCCUGGAUGGUUAUAGUGGCUAUUUCCAGAUCGCUGUAAACCCAGAUGAUCAAGAAAAGACGACAUUCACCUGCCCCUUUGGCACUUACGCUUACAGGAGGAUGCCCUUAGGCCUCUGCAAUGCUCCGGGCACUUUCCAAAGAUGUAUGAUGAGCAUUUUCUCGGACCUAUUGGAAGAUUGUAUUGAGAUCUUCAUGGACGAUUUCACUGUCUAUGGGGAUGAUUUUGAUCAAGGGCUGCAUAGCCUUAACAGGGUAUUGGAAAGGUGCCGCCAGAAGGAUUUAGUUCUGAAUUUCGAGAAAUGCCAUUUUAUGGUAACUGAAGGAAUAGUCCUGGGCCAUGUAGUAUCCAGCAGGGGAAUAGAGGUCGACCCAGCAAAGGUAGCAGUUAUUGCAAAACUCCUUUACCCUACAAACCAGAAGGAGAUCAGAGCCUUUUUAAGGCACACUGGGUUCUACAGGAGGUUCAUCAAAGAUUUCGCAAGGAUAGCCCAGCCUCUAACAAGACUUCUCCAGAAUGAUUUGGAAUUUGAAUUCUCAGAUGCCUGCAAGGCCGCUUUCCAGUUUCUGAAGGACCGAUUGAUAAGCUCUCCAAUAAUACGUGCUCCCAACUGGAAUCACCCCUUCGAGGUGAUGUGUGAUGCUAGUGAUUAUGUUGUGGGAGCGGUAUUAGGUCAGAAAAUCGAAGGGAAAAGUUACGUCAUCUUUUACGCCUCCAAAACUCUGAAUCAGGCACACAAGAACUAUGAUGUAGCACCUACUCGGUUCCAAGGUGACGGUGUAUACAAACCAGACGGCCAUCAAAUACCUAUCGUCGAAGAAGGGAUCAAACCCGCAUUUGAUCAGAUGGUUACUCCUUCUACAGGAGUUUGA